GAUAUUAUUUAGGUUGGGGAGAUUAAAGCUAUUUUUUUCUCGCUGAAGACUUAUAUUAAGCUAUAUCUAACAACAAUAACGCUAACACUACUAACAGAACAGAGCUACAAAACCGGCUAGCUGCUGGCCUUUUAUCUUUCAUAUUAAAUAUGAAUCGAAAUGAUUUUAAAAAGAAACAAGGCCAAGGAGCUGGAACUGGAAGUGCUGUUCCUCGCUUUUGGAAACCAGGUAACUAACAGGGUAGCCUAAACUUAGACUAAAAAUAAGAAGUAAGAGUUAGUUUAGAAGUCGUGGGCCUCCUGGUCCUAGCUAGCCCCACUAGUCGUGACUAGACCUAGUCCUCGUCACCUGGUAUUAUUUGGUAUAUGGUUACAUAGUAAUUAUUAUAUAGUAUAGUAUUAGUUAGACCAGUUAGUAAGUAGUGUUAGAGCACAUCUAUUCUAAAGUUAGUAAAUACACAAUCACAAGCAUACCAGUGGUCCAGUAGAGUAUAUGAUUAAUUUUUAAUAGGCCUAGGUAGGUAAUGUGUAUGUUUUGUUUUGGAUACUGUAUGUCAUUUUUUAUUUUAGACUGCUCUUGCUACUCUACAGACUACUUGGGGUUGUCUAUAAUCCACAAUCUCUCCUUCAUAAACUUUGUAUUUGCCAACUACGUCCAAAUGUGCCUCAUUGUUGAUGGAAGGAACUCCUCAGAGUUCUUCAAUAAUAAAUAGCAAAAUAAAAUGUUCCCUUGUUUCUUAAAGAACCCUAGAAAUAACAUCUAUUCAUAAUCAUGAAUCAGUAGGCCUAGUAAUAGUAGGGGAAUGGAGCAUAAAUUAAAGUUUUUGUAGAGUAUUGUUUCUGUAUUCUAAAAUUCCAAUUUAACAUUUAGGUAUAUUUAUGAAGAUAUUUAAAGAUUACAGAAUAUUCAAACACUCUUAAUGAUUGUUAUCAAGAGCAAACUUUUUUCCUGGUGAAGAUACAAAUGAUGACAAAAUUUAUUUUUUCCAUCUGGUGAUCAGGGAGAUGUUGACAUGUCAUGUAAAAAGGGGUAACAUGCAAGGGUAAAUUGCCUACUUCAAAGUUAUUCCCAAUCCAAUUUAGAUGGUAAAGAGCAUUUUUUUGGUUCCAAAAAUGUUAAUUUUGCUUUAAAAAAUAUUAAGAACAUUUAUAGCUUGCUAAAUAUUCAAAGUGACACCGCAAAAAAACUUGGGUGACCCUUAUUGGGUAAAUUGUAUGACAAAUAUUUUACAUAAUUGAUGACAAAAUUAAUGCAUUACUAGAAAACUGUGACUUAAAACACAAAAAUCCGAGGUCAUCAUAGAACUUGCUGUAAUGGCUGCAACUGUCCUGCCCUGAGUGACCCUAAUGACAUGGCCUUCAAUAACCCAACCUACCUCCAAGAGGUACUAAAGGAGAUUGUAAAUGGCCAGAAAAGUUUCUCCGUCACAUUUCAAUGUGUGUGCUAAUGAGUUUUAAAAGCCCCAUCUAAAGAUAUUUUAAAUUUAUGCUUCCAAUCCCGUCUCAUUCCAAGUUUUGAUCUUAGAGUCAGAGAAAAAUAAUAAUUUUAGCAUCCUAUAGGUUUUGAAUUCAUAGGGCCUCAAUGGUGAGGACUAGGUAAAGCAUGCAAAUGUAAGUAUUAAAAUGUAACUAGAAAUGCUAUAGGGCCAAAAUUGCCUAUUUGUAUAUCAUUCAUUUUUUACUAAAUUGUAAAGGUACUGCUGGCCCUGGACUUACCAACAUAGCAGAAGAAAGAACAACAAACACAGAUACCAGCGACAUAUCUGCUCCGUCAAUUGUUUAUAACCCAAACAAAAACCUCUCAAUUGAACAGCAAAGGCAGAAAUUGCCGGUAUUUCAGGUGAAUGGAAAGGAGAAUUGUUUUUUUCCUGUCUCAAUAAAAUAGAAAUUUCUAUUAACAAAAUAAAGUCUUAAAGAUUUAGAUGGACUAUAGAAUAGCAAUUGCAAAGGAUUUGCUCUCAUGAAUUUUUUUAAAAUGUUUAAGAUAAUCAAGAAUAGAAAGCAAAUUAUAACAUUUUAAAGUUCAAAAGGAAAGUAUUCCUUCAUGUAUUUUGAUAUUAACUUACUUCAAAUGGUAUUGAUAUCAUUUAAAAUCGGUUGUCAUUUAAGGGCAUGUGAAAAUGUUAAGUUAACUGUUGAUUCUUUUUUUUUUUUUUCCACAGUAUCGCAACCACAUUUUGUAUUUAACUGAAAGAUACCAGACCGUUGUUGUCAUUGGUGAAACAGGAUGUGGAAAAAGUACCCAGAUACCCCAGGUGCCCUAGAAUUUCUUCAUCACAUAAAAACUUUUAACUUUAAAUUAAAUGUAUAUAUUUUUCUAGCUUUGAACUUAGUGUAGCAACUGUUGACAGAGUUAUCUAAUGUUGCUAUUUUCUCCCCAUUUUGUUGUAACAUUGAUUAAUAUUAAUUAAGGCUGAGGCUACCAUGGCUCAAAGCUACAUCUUGUCACUAGGGAUAAGUGCUGGGGCCACAUAGUUCUAAGGAAAUCUUCAUUAAGAACCCAUUUGUUGUUCACUAGUCUGCCUAAAUCCCUCAUAAAGGGCAACAGCAACGGUUCUCAACCUGUGGGUCACAACCCUUUUCUCGGGGUUGCCUAAGACCAUCGGGAAAACAAAUAUACUGUUCAGUUAUGAAGUAGCAACGAAAAUAAUUUUGUGGUUGGGGGUUGUCCCAACAUGAGAACUGUAUUAAAGGGUCGUGGCUUCAGGAUGUUAAGAACCACUGGGCUACAGCUUUUCCUUCAAGGCUGGGGGUUUAAAACCAACACUUUUAGGUAAUUCAGAUAACAGUGGGUGCCUUCACGGAGGACCGUUUCAAACCCUCAUCAUGGGAAAUGUAGGAAUUUCUGUGUGGUGAGAGCUGUGGGGAGGCUAAUAUGAGGAUGGCAACCUCUUUUGAUCAUUUGCCUUAAGCAAGUAGAUUUGAUCAUGAUCUGAAAUAUUCUCUCUAUUAUUUUUUUUUUUAUUUUUUUUUUUUUAUAAAGUACCUCUUGGAGGCAGGCUGGGCUACUGAAGGCCAUGUCAUAGGGGUCACUCAGCCCAGGAGAGUUGCAGCCAUCACAGUAAGUUCUAACUAAAUGUGCUGAGAGUUUUAAUAAACGUGUUGAACUUUUAUUUUAAUACCAACACUUGAAUGUUUGUUCUUGUGUGCAUGUAAGUGAAGGUCUUACUUAUUUAUCACACUCAUGAAGCCCUAUUAUUUUAAGGCUAUGGAUUUUACUGACAGCCAUUAACAUCUGAGUCUCAUCCUGUGCCCCCCCCCCCCCAUUGGACAUUAAAUUUAAUUUUUUGAAUUUCCUCAUCAAAAAAUGUUCUUUUAGGUUGCCACUCGUGUUGCUGAAGAAAGAGGAAGCAUUCUAGGAGAUGAAAUUGGCUACUUGAUAAGGUUCGAUGAUUGCUGUGAUCUAGACAAGACAAGAGUAAAAGUCAGUAUUUUCAUGACAUUAGUUGUAUGUUAUAAGUUUGGGAUGCGAAAAUUAUACUAAAUCCAAUCUGGUAUUUUAAAUCCAUUGUGGUAUUUUAAAUGAUAUUUUGUUCCACAGUUUAUGACAGAUGGUAUGAUGAUUAGAGAAAUAAUGAAAGAUCCACUUCUGAGGAAGUACAGGUUAGUGAAGUUCUUAGCCUUAAGAUAAGAUAAGAUUCUUUUAUUGAUCCAAAUAAAUUGAAAUGUUUUUUGAUUGCAUUGUACAUUUUCAGCACAAAAAUAAAACAAUUUGAACACAAGACAUUUAUAAUAAAUUAUUUCAAACAGCCAUUCACUGAGUUCUCUUAGCAAAAUCGGGGACUUAUUAGUUCUCAUUCAGAUGUGUGACUUCAAAGGAAGCACGUUGGUAAAUUCGUACAGAUUGAGGAACAAAUGAAUUUUUAUAUCGGUCAGUCCUCGCCCUGAUGGAAAGAAUUCGUCCCGAACGGUCCGAUCCUAAGUAUCUGUGAUGAAGAGAGUGGGAUGUAUCAUCCAAAAUGUGUUUAGUUUUUCAAAAACAUCUUUCUUCAAAUAGUUCUCUUCUUCUUCAAGUGAAGGAUGUUUAAAUUGUGGAGUGUGUCUUAGGUACCUAUUUAGUUUUGAUGUUUGGACAAUUAAUAUUAUAGAAUUAACCUGACAAAGUUUGAUGGAAAAAAAAAGAGGUUUUCCAUAUUGAUUUUGCAAUCAGAUGGUUGAACGAAUUGGAACAUUUAAGAAUUAUAAUUCCUCUUAACUUUGUCUUAAGAACAAUAAUCUACUUUAAUGUAAUCAAUCAUAGUUUUUUAAGGGUUGCAAUGAUUUGUGCUUUCACCUUACUUAUUUAUGAGGGACAUAAGGUGUAAUAUGGGAAUCUCACUGAACCUCUUGUAAAUUGCAUACAAAUAAUUCACUUUUUUUUUUCAUAAUUAAUGUUUAAGUUAUUUGAGCUGUUCUCUUACUUCUAUGUAUUCACAGUAUAAUUCUUCUUGAUGAGGCGCAUGAAAGAGCCCUCAACACUGAUAUCAUCUUGGGUCUUUUAAGAAAGGUUAGUUCAGUUGUGAUUUUUUUCUUGCUAACUACUGUAAGCAAUUUUUUUUUAGAAUUGCAUUAAUUCAUUUUUUGGUUCAGACCGUUUUUGUCUGUUUCAUUUUAUGGUUGAUUUAAAGGUCUUCAAGAAAAUUAGCCACCGUAAUUAUAUUAUUAAAUUGUCAGAUAUAAAAAAGGGUAUUAUAAAAAGUAGGUACGAGAUUGACUUAUUAUAAUCGCAAUCAAAUUUCGUUUUGUUUCUAUCUACUAUUACUAUUCAUUUACACAUUUAUAGCCAGCAUAAUUUUGGCUGACAGGAAAGCCCACUGUGUUUAUGUAAUACAAUUAUUCUGGUUUCAGAUUCAAAAGAAACAAAAAGAUCUCAGACUGAUUGUAGCUUCUGCAACAUUAGAUGCUGAGGUAUUUAUCUAUACAUUUUAAAAAAUAUUUGUUUAAAAACACAGCUGUGCAAGAAAUCUUUUAACAACAAUGUUUUAUUUAAGUUCAUUAUAAAUGAACACUAAGAUUUUCUUAUUAUAGAGUAGCUGAUGUUUUGUUUCUUUAUUAUUAAUUUCAUUUUUGAGUAAACUGAAAUUACCAAAAGUCUCUUCAUAUGUGUGGACAAUUUCAUUUAAUAUUUUAAUGAUGUUCAGGAAAUGAGGGAUUUCUUCAAUACAAAUGAAACAGGUGACCCUGAGUGAGUUAUUAAAUAGAAACUAUAUUGAUAUGAUUUUACUUCAAAUUUUUACUACAGAUUAUGGCAAACAUUAUAUCUGACCAUUAUCACUGUCUUAUAUUAAUCCAGUUUGGUUUCAAUUCAUUGUGUACAAAAUUUAACAUUAAUAUAGUCAAAUAUUAUUUCAAUUACCUUAAAGUGUCAUGAAGGCGCUUUAAUCCAUUUGGCAUGGCUGUAAUGUGAUGUAGACUUUACACAAAUGAUGCUGAAUGACAUUUGAUUUUCUGAUUCAUCCUUAAUUCCUUUUUAUGAUUCAGAAAGGACACAGCUGCCAUAUUGACAAUUGAAGGUCGGGAAUAUCCAGUGGACAUUCAUUACACACUUGAGUAAUUAGUUGUUUUUUUUUUAAAUUCUAAUUUAAUUCUUUUUUGUGUAUAUACACAGUCUUAAUAAUAAUGCUCACUGCACCAUAACAUUUCAAAUUUUUGAGAAUUUUGUUGUUGGCUGAUGUUGAAUUGUCAGAUAUAGUUUAAACAAUAAGUUGAUGGAGUCUAUAUUCUUUAAUCAUUUACAAAAAUUGUUUGAUAUUGAGAACUUCUAAAAACUCAAAGCAUAAUAAAAGAAGGACUGGGUUCAAACUGUGUGAAGGAAAUAGUACAAGUUAUGUGGAAGCUUGAAAUGUGAAGACAGGAUAAUAAAAGAAGAACGUUACAGCCAAGAGGCUUCCUCAGCAGACAGUACAAAUGAAGAAACAACAAGAAAUGGAAAGUAUUUGAAAAACUUAAGUGUUCGCCAUUAAUGUUUUUGCCGGAAAUUGGGAUUUCCAAAACCAAGAUUAAGAGAAGUAAAAGAAUUUAUGUAUCAUUACUGUGGAAAAUAAGAUUUAACAUGCAAUUAUAUUUUGGAAAUAAUAAUAAUAAUAAUAAUAAGACGUCUUAUAUAGCGCGGUACCCCAGCCUGGCUCACCGCGCUGUAAAUAAAAAAUUUUUUUUUUCAAAAGAGACAUAAUCAUGACAUUAAAAUAAAAAUACAUUUAUGAAAUAAAGAACAGCAAUCUAUAUUCACCCGCCCCACCACUUAAAGUAUAAUAAAUAGGAAAAGAAAUGCAGUGAAAUAGAUGAUCAUGUUAACUCUAUAAUAUCUAAUACUCAGAUGUCAGUUUUGUUUCGUGGAAUAGUUGGGUUGUUUUGUAAAAAUAGAAAUAACAGGAAGUGGGGGAAUGAUAGAGAGAGAGUUAACAGUCAAGAUGACAGCAGCUGGGUAUAUUUUCAAUAUAGCUCUUGCUACGAUAAUCUACUAAAUAUAGUUAUUUUUACAGCAUCUUAAUGUUGUACAUGGAAAAGAGGAAAUACAUGAAGAAUUACAUUUUGACUCUGAUUGACAGAGAUACUAUUUUAUUGUGAGUUCAUUGUGAUUCAAUAAAAGUCGUGAUGCUAAUCGAAUGAGUCCUGAAAUGAUUUUGUGGCAGUUAUGAAAACUCGGCGAUAUUAAUAUGAUGACGUUACAAAAGGAUCGGUGUUACAAUAAAUAAACGUGUGUUACAAUGUCCAAACAUUAAAACUAAAUAUCAGUCAAAGCAGUCAAAUAUCAACACAAUUUCUGUAAAUGUGAUUUUUACACUGGUAUGCAUUUAUACAGUGAAAUUGAGGAUCAUGCUAAUACUAUAAUAUUAAUGUCCAAAUAUCAAAACUAAAUACCGGUACCAGUCAAAGCGGGAUCCCAUCAACACAAAUUGCUGCUAAUGUGAUUUUUACAUUGGUACGCAUUUAUCAUUUAGUAACUUAAUUAAUUACUAACGGAAAAACAUAUGGGAGAACACACUGGCCAAAUGACAGAGACACGUGAGAGAACCUUCAAACCAGUCGGUCUUCUUUCCAACUUAGCUUGAUUGCCAUGUUUACUACAUACAUGUGUGCUAUCCACCUAUUAAGUAAAACCACUUCACACAUGUGGAGAAAUUGAAUCCUGCCCGCGACAUGCCAAAAUGAUUGACCAAAUAAUUUUUUCCCUCUCCUAAUGAUGGUAGUAUUGUCAUGCAAGGUUUUUUUAAAGAUGGUCAAUAAAUUGAUCAUGGGCCCUCAAUAUAUUAGAAGAAUUUUUUACAGUGGAGUGAAGACGUGUUUUAGUUUAAUAGAAUUGCACUCGCCCUACUUUGACGGCUUAUGGACAUCGAAGGUUAAUUUCAAACCUGUUUAUUUUCAGCCCCGUCCCAAACUAUGUAAAGUCAGCCGUGGAAACUGUCAUGAAGAUACACUUCAACGAGAAGCCAGGAGAUGUCGUCAUAUUUUUAACUGGAAUGGUAAAUAAAUUGUGUCUUCUCAUGUUAACACUUCCUCCUUGUGUAUUCAUUAGUAGACACAAAUCCACGCUCAUUGUUGAAUGGCUUACCUGUGGUCCAUUUUGGCUUACCUGUGUUCCAUUUUUGGCUCACCUGUGUUCCAUUUUUGGCUCACCUGUGUUCCAUUUUUGGCUCACCUGUGUUCCAUUUUUGGCUCACCUGUGUUCCAUUUUUGGCUCACCUGUGUUCCAUUUUUGGCUCACCUGUGUUCCAUUUUUGGCUCUCCUGUGUUCCAUUUUUGGCUCACCCGUGUUCCAUUUUUGGCUCACCUGUGUUCCAUUUUUGGCUUACCUGUGUUCCAUUUUAAAAAAAGGAAAAGUUAGGAAGAUUUCAUUGGAAGCAUGAUCCAUUAGAAGAAAGCUGUAAAUGCCGUUGCUUGUGUACAUAAAUAAAAUGUUGCUUUUAUCCCUGCAUAUUUUAGGUAAGGAAAAGCCAGAAUGUUUUUUGGGGUGUUUUGUUUUCUUCCUUUUUUUAUAGUACAAAAUAAAAAAAUAUGGCUUCACAAUUUAUGAUAAAAAAAAAAAAGUUAAGGAACAAUUUAAAGAUUUUCCAUAAAUGUUGCCAUAUUGUCAUAGAAAAACCCUUGGUUUUUAAAGACUUACUUUCUACUCUUGAAUCUGUUAAGUUUUAAGCAUUAAACUUUGUUGUCACCCUUGACCCUCUCACCAAGAAGGAUCGUGUGCCGACUGUCGCAUCAGAGUUGCUGACACAGAUUUACAGCUCCUUUUACCUGGGUCAAGGGAUAGGGGGUUGGGGCGGUGAGUGACUGAUGGGGAAAUUAGAAAAAGGUGAUUUAAAAAAAAACAAUUACCCUACCUCCCACCCCCCUCAGCUUCAUAGAGUGCCUUACUACCCUUCUGCACAGACUUUCUUUGAUUAUCACAUUUUCAGAAAAUUAAUGUUUACUUUUAGUGUGUUAAACUUCUCUUUGAAAGAAACAAUUUUUUUUUUAAAGCUUUUUUUUGGGUUGGUUGUAUUUUUAAAAUUUAAAAUCAUAUUAAAUAAAAUGACCUUGCUGUAUACAGAUUUGAUGUUUAUCUAUUUCAGAAUGAAGUCGAUGAUGUUGUCUCCCAACUCAUGUAAGUUUUAGCCAAAAUCACUCCAGUGACUAAAUCAAAUGACAACCAUGCUACUUACUUCCUCAAUUUUUAUAAUUUUUCUACAAGUAGGUCAGUUAUUCUUACAAUGGCAUAACAGAGUUUUACAUGGGAACACUGUCAGAUUUAUGACUAGUAGUUUUAGCUGGGAACAAGUAGUUUUGAUUACUUUCCAUGUUGAAUUAUCAAGAAAAUAAUUCUAAAAUGAUCCAUCAAGUAUUUUAUCUGAACAGAUCUGAGGCCCGAAAGUUAAGUAAAGAUUCUAUGAAGAUGAGAGUGUUGCCGAUGCAUGGAAGUUUACCUGCCAAUGAACAAGUAAGUUUUCCAGCACAAAAUGUUUUGCUGAGGUUCAAACUGUCAUCCAUCAAGCAGAGGGGAUGAAAGGGAUGACCAGCCAUGACAGAAGGGUUGUCUGACAGUUACUGGCAUGGGUUGGUGUAUCUCAAGGGAGAUUCCUGAUUUUUCUAACUACAGGUGUUCUCUGUGGACGGCACUAGGCUAGAGAAUUUCAUAUGUGCCAGUUUUUUAACACAAAAGUAAAAUGGAAAUAGACUUUUCUAUUAAUAUUUUCUUACUUAAUAUUGUGAAAGAAUAACAUAUACAAGGGAGAUUGGCCUAGAUUGUACACAAGAGGUUGGCAUUUAACAACCUUGCCUACAAAGAAAUACGGCAGUCAAUAAAAAUUAUUAUAUCUAGAUUUUUAAAUGUAAUUUUUUUCACCCUCUUAAAAAAACCUGGCCAUUUGGCAAAUAAGUAUUGGCUUCAUGAUGCUUUAUUCUGAGAAAUUUUGAGAAAACUAAUGCUAAAUGUGAUAUUUAAACUAAUUAUAUCUCAGAAUUUUCUCCUUUUUUUUCAGAAUAUAAAUUUUUAUAAAAGAACUUGAAUACCUUCAGUUUGACCACGCUCUUGUCUUCUGUUCCACAGAUGAAAGUGUUUGAGAGAACCUCACAUCACACACGCAAAAUUGUCGUGGCCACAAACAUUGCUGAAGCUUCAAUAACAAUUCCAGGAAUGACUUAUGGUAAAGGUUAUUAGACUGUCCCAUCAUUGAUCAUAUCUAUAUAAAGUACAUGUCAUGCAAUAGGCCUCAUGUGCUGUCAUGCAGUAGGUCUCAUGUGCUGUCAUGCAGUAGGCAUCAUGUGCUGUCAUGCAGUAGGUCUCAUGUGCUGUCAUGCAGUAGGCAUCAUGUGCUGUCAUGCAGUAGGUCUCAUGUGCUGUCAUGCAGUAGGUCUCAUGUGCUGUCAUGCAGUAGGUCUCAUGUGAUGUCAUGCAGUAGGCAUCAUGUGCUGUCAUGCAGUAGGUCUCAUGUGCUGUCAUGCAGUAGGCAUCAUGUGCUGUCAUGCAGUAGGCAUCAUGUGCUGUCAUGCAGUAGGUCUCAUGUGCUGUCAUGCAGUAGGUCUCAUGUGCUGUCAUGCAGUAGGCAUCAUGUGCUGUCAUGCAGUAGGCAUCAUGUGAUGUCAUGCAGUAGGCAUCAUGUGCUGUCAUGCAGUAGGCAUCAUGUGCUGUCAUGCAGUAGGCCUCAUGUGAUGUCAUGCAGUAGGCCUUACGAGCUGUCAUGCAUGAAUGCAGUAGGUAUCAUGUGCUGUCAUGCAGUAGGUGUCAUGUGCUGUCAUGCAGUAGGUCUCAUGUGCUGUCAUGCAGUAGGUCUCAUGUGCUGUCAUGCAGUAGGCAUCAUGUACUGUCAUGCAGUAGGCAUCAUGUGAUGUCAUGCAGUAGGCAUCAUGUGCUGUCAUGCAGUAGGCCUCAUGUGCUGUCAUGCAGUAGGCCUCAUGUGAUGUCAUGCAGUAGGUCUCAUGUGCUGUCAUGCAGUAGGCCUCAUGUGCUGUCAUGCAGUAGGCCUCAUGUGAUGUCAUGCAGUAGGUCUCAUGUGAUGUCAUGCAGUAGGCCUCAUGUGAUGUCAUGCAGUAGGUCUCAUGUGAUGUCAUGCAGUAGGCCUCAUGUGAUGUCAUGCAGUAGGUCUCAUGUGCUGUCAUGCAGUAGGUCUCAUGUGCUGUCAUGCAGUAGGUCUUAUGUGCUGUCAUGCAGUGGGCCUCAUGUGAUGUCAUUCAGUAGGCAUCAUGUGCUGUCAUGCAGUAGGUCUCAUGUGCUGUCAUGCAGUAGGCAUCAUGUGCUGUCAUUCAGUAGGUCUCAUGUGCUGUCAUGCAGUAGGUCUCAUGUGCUGUCAUGCAUUAGGUCUCAUGUGCUGUCAUGCAGUAGGUCUCAUGUGCUGUCAUGCAGUAGGUCUCAUGUGCUGUAAUAUCAAUUAGGAAUAAUAAUUUUUUUUUUUUAAUUAAAGGUGGCUGGAAUUUAAGAGUUAAUGUCAAGAUGGUUUUUUUGCUUGUCAUGUUUGAAAUCCUUUCGGCUUCUGUAGAAAUAUUUCUCACUCACAUAUCUCUUAAAUGUGCUUGCUUACUUGAGUUAAUUGAGCUGUUUUAUUUUUAUGAUGCCCUGAUUUUGUUCUAUCCUUCAGUUGUGGAUGCAGGAUUCGUUAAAUUGAAGACUUACAACCCAACUUCAGGCAUAGGUAAAUAACUGUAUAAUGCUGUACAACUCUGGAUUUGAUUAUAAUAUAAUUACCAUAUUUUAUGGCUAAUUAGAUACUUUGGUGUAUUAGAUGCCCUCCAAAGUUUGCAGGAAGAAGUCAGAUAGAUUUUUUUUACCCUGUAACCCAGCCCGCUAUCCCCUUAUUGUGCCCAAUGAAUACCGUAGUUCAGCAUGAAAACAUAGCGACCAUCACAAAUUCAGGAUGGUGACAUUACUUGUAAAUUUGGAUCAAAUGAUACAGUUAAAUUUGAUUUACCUGUAUGUGUAAACGGGUAAGCUGGCGCUCACCUACAGUCCAAGCUGUAACUCCUGUGCUGCAGUGUGGUUUUGAGAAUAUUAUAAAGUGAAAAAAUGUGUCUUUUAAGCUGCAGAAUAUGGUAAAUAUAAUGUGUGACACAAGAUCAUUUGAAUCCCCUAGUACUUGCUUUGAAACUUGGGCCAAAGAAAUGUUGUGCCCAGAUGAAAGUUUUCUACCAGUGUCUUAGGUUUCGUUAAAAUUAAGUUUAGCUUCUUGGAUGCAAACUGUCUAUCUGCUGUUGACCAAAUGUGUAUCCCACCCCCCACCACAGAGAGUUUAGUGGUCAUCCCAAUAUCACAAGCGUCAGCUAACCAGAGGGCAGGAAGGGCAGGACGUGUCCGGGCAGGGAAGGCUUUCAGACUCUAUACAGGUAAAUAUUUUAGAGAAGGCUUACAGACUCUUUACAGGUAAAUAUUGUAGAGUAGGCUUAUAGACUCUAUACAGGUAACUAUUUCUAAAUUGUAGAGAAGGCUUACAGAAAUUAUAAGGUCAAACUUAGGUGCUUGUGGACAGGCUCACAGAUGGUAGGUACAGACUUAGCAUUGGACAAAACCUGCCACGUAUCAAGACGUGUAUAUCUGUUAAAAUUUAAAAGCAUUUCAAAAACAAGUUCACCAUUGAAGUAUUUCCGACAUUUUUUAAAAAUAAUUUUCACCUGACUCCAGAUUAAAUAUAAUUUGUAUCAUUAUCUUCUUUUAAUUUAAUGUCUUUCACUUUAUUUUUGGAGGGGUUUUAUUUUAAUCAAAUUUUUUUUAUGUAAUGAAAAUUGAAUUUCUGCAGAGGAAGCUUAUGAAAAAUUACCAGAAUCCACUGUCCCUGAGAUGCAACGUAGUGACCUGGCACCUGUCAUAUUACAACUCAAAGCUCUCGGUGUCAGCAAUGUCUUAAGGUUUCAUUUCUUAUCAGUAAGUCUUGCUGUCAAACACUGAAACUUAAAUCUUGGUCACCUACCAUUGUUGAGCAAGAGACCUGAUCUAUGUAGAACAAGAGUCCUGAUCUAUGUAGAACAUGAGUCAUGAUCAAGGGAUCACUUGUUGAUAAAUGAGUAUGUGAUUCUUCUGAGAGACAUUGAGCAAAACUUUUCUCAUUUUUUUUAAAGUCUAAACAUCAAUCCUGUCUUGUGUCUAAUAAUAUAAAAUGUAGGAUCAUUAGCAGAAACAAGCUCUCAACAUUACAAAAAAUAUUUUACUGGAACUCUCACUUCACGGUCUUGAUCUGCAUUUUUUACAUUGUCAAUUUUUAAAAUACUUUACAGCCCCCACCUGCCCAGAAUAUGAUUCGUGGUCUAGAACUUCUGUAUGCCCUGGGAGGUAAAGAAAUAGAUGCUGUUCUGUGAUUUCAUUUUAGCUUGUCCAGUUACUUAGAAGUUAGAAUAAUUACUGAAACAAAGUACUGUUGUGGUAGUCAUAAUUUUGAAUAGAUUCAUUUGUUGACUUAUUUAUUUGUAAUUUUAAGACAAAUGACUUUAUAAAGUGUUUUCUCAAUCAACAUCAUUCUGAGAAUAUUGUUUUAGCCAAUCAAAAUGUACGUAAUUCAUGACAGUCUUGGCCUAGAAAACUUUUUUUUUCCAAAUUUCUUUUGGGAAAGUCCCCACCAAGCCCCAUUUCAAUUUUAUAAAUCUUUGGGAUUUGGCGGUUGAAUAAUUAUUGUUAAAUAUGCAACAAUCUUUUUCUGGUUUCUCACAUGUAGUAAUUGGUGGAUAUAUUAUUAAAUAUAUUGAUUAUUGUUGCGCCUUAACUUAAUUGAUUAUCAAUUUAGUUUCACCUAUUAUUUCUUAUUCCAUCAAAAUUGCUGUAGUUUUUUGGGUUUUUUUUGGACCUUCCAGGUCUGUAAAUAAAUAAUUGCUUGACUUGUGAAGAUAUUUCACUGUUUUAAAAAAAAAUGGUUAUCUGAAGAAUUGUUAAAAUGUUUCUGACAGCACUGGACGCAGCAGGCAACUUGACCUCACCACUGGGCUUACAGAUGGCAGAGUUUCCUCUGACUCCACAGUUUGCCAAGAUGCUCUUGUCAUCAGGUCAGUCCGUUGGCCUGAUUUCACCUGAAUAAAGUGGAAUAUUCUGAUUAUUGAGAAGUAGAUUCUUUAACAAAUGGUGAUGUACUCAGUUUGUUGUGAGGGAAACUUGGAGAAUCCAGGGCAAACUAGAGAAGCAUCUAAACUGUAAUAUAGCUAUCACCUGGUCUGUUUUGGACUAUCUGCAUUUGAAUAUAGCUACUAACUGGUCUGUUUUGGACUAUCUGUAUUUGAAUAAAGCUACCACCUGGUCUAUUUUGGACUAUCUGUAUUGAAAGAUAGCUACCACCUGGUCUGUUUUUAGACAUCUGUAAGAGGAUCACUAGGAAACUUUUAUGCCAGACAUAUAUUAGUUAUUGAUAGUUUAAAUGAAUUCUCUAAAAGAAACAAUGUGUGUUAUUCUUGUGGGAAUUAAUUGAUUUCAAAUCUUAUUUUACUGUUGUAUUCCAGGGGAUUUUGGCUGCUCAGAGGAAGCCAUCAUAGUGUGUGCCAUGAGUCAGAUACAGAAUGUCUUUGUUACGCCAUCUGACCGCAGGCUGGCAGCUGUAAGUUGUCUUAGAGCAAAUUAAUAAAAAAAAUAGCCUGAGAAUUAUAUUCAGGCUAUGAUUUAUUAUUUUAUUUAAAAGACUUUAGUAAAAUUCUUACACAACUACAGGUAUCUAGAGAUCAUCCAUAUAUUAUGUAUGCAAAAAAAAGUCAACUUUUCACUGUUGCCAUAUCUAAAAGAAUGAAAUAGCGAAACGAGGUAUGUGGAAGCUUGAAAUAAAAUAACAGGACAAAAAACAAGGACGUUUCGGCAUAAAGCCUUCAUCAGCCAACAAUAGAAAUGAAAAUAUAACAAAGAAAAGAGCACAGUAGACAACUUAAGCAGUAUUCAUUCGUGUCUCGCUUCCUGUUUUCCCACUUCCGGAGACACGAAUGAAUACUGCUUAAGUUGUCUACUGUGCUCUUUUCUUUGUUAUAUUUUCAUUUCUAUUGUUGGCUGAAGAAGGCUUUAUGCCGAAACGUCCUUGUUUUUUGUCCUGUUAUUUUAUUUCAAGCUUCCACAUACCUCGUUUCGCUAUUUCAUUCUUUUACUAAGCUUGGAAGCAGUCCUUUCAUUUAUAAUUUCUUCUUGCCAUAUCUAGCUAGUUAUGAAAAAACAUAUGACGUUAAUUCCGAAACUUUGUUAUUUAUUUGUAUAGCCCUUGACAGUAAUUAGAAAGCAUGAGUGUCACAGAUUUUUAGUUGAUAGUUGGCUGUAUUAGAGAUAUAAAUACCUAUUUAUGGAUUGUCAGAAUAUCAGGAUAACUAUGCAGAGUUUGUGCUUUUAAAUGGACAUACGCAUUCUGCCUAGCACCCUCCCCCCAUGCACUCUUAGGCAAAAUCUUCGUUAAUCGACACACACACCCCCCUCCCCCCAGUGUGUAUGAAAUAUUCGGAAGGCCCCUUAUUGGGGUUAUUAUUACCAGUAUAUCAAAUUACAAAACAAUAAGUAAAGAAAUUCACAGCACUAUUAUUAGCAUGCCAGCUAUGAGUAUUAAGUACUGAAUAAUUUAAGUUGAUUUCCCUAUUCAGAUAAUAGGCAUGAAUCAUAGCUGCAAUUUUUAAAUAUAUUUAUUUGAAUUGAGUCGCAAAUUACAAAGUAGAGAAUGAUUUCGCAACAUAAGAUUCUGAAUGAAACAUUUCAAAAAAAAUUAUGAAGAAAAUAGUUGCAUUUUCAUAAUGCGAAGUUAAUGAAUAUCUAAGAACAUGUCAAACUUAUGAAACAUUCUACGCAUGUAUUUGGGCUGUUAGGACAAGGAGAAGCGCAAAUUUUCAGUUCUAGAGGGAGAUCAUCUGACCCUGGUCAAUGUUUACAAAUCUUUUAUAAAGGUGAGUUGUGUUGUUUUUUUUGUUUUGUUUUUUUACUGUGUUCGUUUAUUUUUUAUUUCUUUAAACGUGAAUUUAAGUUGAUGAAUGAAUCACCCUACUCUUUUAAAAGGCUGUUGUUUUUUUUAAUACCUGUUGUAACUAAAGGGAGUAAACAUAGAAGUGUUUGCAAAUUUAACCUUUAAAAUGUAUUAUCUUCCCUUUUACGUUUGACAUAAUGGUGCCAUAAAUAUUGCUGAUCUUACAAGUCUCGUGAGAAAGUGUUAAUUGACCUUGAACCCCUAUUAUUGCACUCCAUCAGUUUGGUCAGAACUCCCGUUGGUGCCAUGAUCACUGCCUGAACUAUAAAGGUCUGAACAGGGCCGUGGAGAUCAGCAACCAGCUGGGGAGGCUGUUGACCAAGUACCAGGUGAAAAUUGUUUCCUGUGAAGGUCAGUAUCCCACUUGUUUGUUGAUAUACAAAACUCUGUUGGCUGUCUUGGGUAGGAUAUUUUAUAGGAGUUCAUUCCUUUGGGUUGAAAAAUUAGUUGACCAAAGAAAUGUUUCUGUAAUUUCACUGAAACAGUUGCAGUGCAAUAAUGACUUCGGUAGGGAGACAAUCUAUUAUAAGCCACAACAUUGUUUAUUUAGUGGGGGCACAAAACAGGGCAUAUCAGAUCUCUGAUAGCAGUCUCAAUAUUUAUAGUUUAUACUUUAGUCUUUUUAGGUUUUGUUCAAUAUUUAUUAAAACUUUCAAUAGCUAUCAAAGUUGAUAUAAAAAAACUAACUCUAAUCAUAAGAUAGUUUUAUCACAUAACUUAUUGUUAGGAAAAAAAAUUUGCCAUAAUUUUGAGAAAAGAGAAAGACCUCAGUUGUUUUUAUUACCAUAUGUCCCCCCCCCCUUUUUUUUUAACUUCGGGGUGAAUCAAGGAUCAUAAUCCCAUUUCAACUUUGGGGUGAAUCAAGGAUCAUAAUCCCAUUUCAACUUUGGGGUGAAUCAAGGAUCAUAAUCCUAUUUCAACUUUGGAGUGAAUCAAGGAUCAUAAUCCUAUUUUAACUUUAGGGUGAAUCAAGGAUCAUAAUCCUAUUUCAACUUUGGGGUGAAUCAAGGAUCAUAAUCCUAUUUCAACUUCGGGGUGAAUCAAGGAUCAUAAUCCCAUUUCAACUUCGGGGUGAAUCAAGGAUCAUAAUCCCAUUUCAACUUCGGGGUGAAUCAAGGAUCAUAAUCCUAUUUUAACUUUGGGGUGAAUCAAGGAUCAUAAUCCAUAUAAACCGUGUGUGUGUGUUAAUUUUCUUCUUCUUGCCAGAAAACACAGAGGCCUUGAGUAAAUGCAUCCUGUCAGGUUUCUUCACCAACACUGCACACCUCCACUACAGUGGGGAGUACAGAACCCUGAGAGACAACCACAGUCUUCACAUACACCCGACAUCGGUGCUGGCUUGUGAGGAGCCCCCACAGUGGUAGGUGCCACACUAAGGGGUCUUCAUGGCCGGGAUGUUAGAUAUGGGGUCAGGAAUGGCUGAGAUGUUAAAUAAGGGGUCUUAAUGGCUGGGAUGUUAGAUGUGGGGUCAUGAAUGGCAGACAUGUUAAAUAAGGGGUCAUGGUGGCUGGGAUGUUAGAUAUGGGGUCAUGAAUGGCUGACAUGUUAAAUAAGGGGUCAUGGUGGCUGGGAUGUUAGAUAUGGGGUCAGGAAUAGCUGUGAUGUUAAAAAUAAGGGGUCAUGGUGGCUGGAAUGUUUGAGGAGUGAUGGUGGUGUUGAGUGUGAAAUAACUUAGUUAAGAGGUUAAGCAGUUGAUAGAAGUGAUUUGAGUGGUAAGUAGUGCGUCAUGAGUAAUUGAGUUGCCCAACAGGUGUCCAGAGUAAUAAGGGGAGAUGGGAUUUGCUCCAUAGCAUUUAGUACAGUUUAUAACUUUGAAUUUUUUUAAUCAGCAGAUAAGAUUUGAAAUGAAAACAAAAUGUGGUAAUGUAUGGAUUAUUAUUGGUAGAUCUGAAGUUAUUAUUGGUAGAUCUGAAGUUAUUAUUGGUAGAUCUGAAGUUAUUAUUGGUAGAUCUGAAGUUAUUAUUGGUAGAUCUGAAGUUAUUAUUGGUAGAUCUGAAGUUAUUAUUGGUAGAUCUGAAGUUAUUAUUGGUAGAUCUGAAGUUAUUAUUGGUAGAUCUGAAGUUAUUAUUGGUAGAUCUGAAGUUAUUAUUGGUAGAUCUGAAGUUAUUAUUGGUAGAUCUGAAGUUAUUAUUGGUAGAUCUGAAGUUAUUAUUGGUAGAUCUGAAGUUAUUAUUGGUAGAUCUGAAGUUAUUAUUGGUAGAUCUGAAGUUAUUAUUGGUAGAUCUGAAGUUAUUAUUGGUAGAUCUGAAGUUAUUAUUGGUAGAUCUGAAGUUAUUAUUGGUAGAUCUGAAGUUAUUAUUGGUAGAUCUGAAGUUAUUAUUGGUAGAUCUGAAGUUAUUAUUGGUAGAUCUGAAGUUAUUAUUGGUAGAUCUGAAGUUAUUAUUGGUAGAUCUGAAGUUAUUAUUGGUAGAUCUGAAGUUAUUAUUGGUAGAUCUGAAGUUAUUAUUGGUAGAUCUGAAGUUAUUAUUGGUAGAUCUGAAGUUAUUAUUGGUAGAUCUGAAGUUAUUAUUGGUAGAUCUGAAGUUAUUAUUGGUAGAUCUGAAGUUAUUAUUGGUAGAUCUGAAGUUAUUAUUGGUAGAUCUGAAGUUAUUAUUGGUAGAUCUGAAGUUAUUAUUGGUAGAUCUGAAGUUAUUAUUGGUAGAUCUGAAGUUAUUAUUGGUAGAUCUGAAGUUAUUAUUGGUAGAUCUGAAGUUAUUAUUGGUAGAUCUGAAGUUAUUAUUGGUAGAUCUGAAGUUAUUAUUGGUAGAUCUGAAGUUAUUAUUGGUAGAUCUGAAGUUAUUAUUGGUAGAUCUGAAGUUAUUAUUGGUAGAUCUGAAGUUAUUAUUGGUAGAUCUGAAGUUAUUAUUGGUAGAUCUGAAGUUAUUAUUGGUAGAUCUGAAGUUAUUAUUGGUAGAUCUGAAGUUAUUAUUGGUAGAUCUCAAGUUAUUAUUGGUAGAUCUGAAGUUAUUAUUGGUAGAUCUCAAGUUAUUAUUGGUAGAUCUGAAGUUAUUAUUGGUAGAUCUGAAGUUAUUAUUGGUAGAUCUGAAGCUAUUAUUUGUAGAUCUGAAGUUAUUAUUGGUAGAUCUCAAGUUGAGCAUGUAAAGCCAGUUAAUGUCUGGAUAAUCCAUUGUCUCUGCACAAAAUAAAUAUAUGGGGGGCACUUAAUGUACAUCCCUAGAAGAUAAACUAAAUAUAAACUCUGCUGCUAAUGAAGCAACAGAAUUGAUGGCAUCAAGUAACAGUCAUAUGACACAAUGGCAGUCCUAUGACACAAUGACAGUCCUAUGACACAAUGACAGUCCUAUGACGCAAUGGCAGUCCUAUGACACAAUGGCAGUCCUAUGACACAAAGGUAGCCUUAUGCCACAAUGGCACGCCUAUGACACAAAGGUAGCAGCCCUAUGUCACAAUGGCAGUCCUAUGACACAAUAGUACCCCUAUGUCACAAUGGCAGUCCAAUGACACAAAGGUAGCCCUAUGUCACAAAGAAAGCCCUAUGUCACAAUGUCAGUCCUAUGACACAAUGGCAGUCCUAUGACACAAAGGUAGCAGCCAUAUGACACAAAGGUAGCAGCCCUAUGUCACAAUGGCAGUUCUAUGACACAAUGGUAGCCCUAUGUCACAAUGGCAGUCCUAUGACACAAUGGUAGCUCUAUGUCACAAUGGCAGUCCUAUGACACAAUGGUAGUCCUAUGACACAAUAGUACCCCUAUGUCACAAUGGCAGUCCAAUGACACAAAGGUAGCCCUAUGUCACAAAGAAAGCCCUAUGUCGCAAUGUCAGUCCUAUGACACAAUGGCAGUCCUAUGACACAAAGGUAGCAGCCCUAUGACACAAAGGUAGCAGCCCUAUGUCACAAUGGCAGUCCUAUGACACAAUGGUAGCCCUAUGUCACAAUGGCAGUCCUAUGACACAAUGGUAGCUCUAUGUCACAAUGGCAGUCCUAUGACACAAUGGUAGUCCUAUGACACAAUGGUAGCUCUAUGUCAUAAUGGCAGUCCUAUGACACAAAUGGAGCUUAUAAAGCAACCAAAAUCAUGGGUUCAAGUGGCAGCCAUGUGACACAAAGGCAGCCCCAUGACAAUGGUAGCCCAAUGACACAAUGAUAGCCCUAUGUCACAAUGGCAGACCUAUGACACAGUGGCAGACCUGACACCUAUGACACAAUGAAUGGUAACCCUAUGACAGAACGGCGGCCCUAUGACGCAAUGGCAGCCCUAUGACACAGUGGUAGCAUGUUUGACGAGGCAACAGGUUCUCUGUGAAAAUAUCUCAACAGUCAGCUUGACGUGGUAUCAGAAUUCUCCGUCUACGCUCUCCCGAUGCAAAUAGAUGAUAAAUAACUCAAUGGACUCAAAGUAAAGACACAAAGUGGUCAAACUGUAUGUCACUGUCAGUUUAAUACUUCUCGACAGGGUUGUGUUCAAUGAAGUUGUCCAGACCAAGAAGGACUACAUGCGGGAUAUCACGGUGAUCAAGAAAGAAUGGCUGCAUGAGAUCGCCUCGCAUUUCUUCCAGUUUGGAACGGUAAAACUUAAAUUCAAUUCUUGUUGGUUUUUUUUUUUUUAUAAAUGAUUUACAUACUUGUGGAUAGCAUUUCUCAGAUGUCUGCUGUCUCUCGGUCUGUGUAUUAUGAAUAAUAAUCAGUCCAGAGAAUGUAACAUAUGUAUUGAUUAUUAUGUGUAUUACAUCAUCAUGUCACCAUUUCCGUUCCUUCAAAAAAAGAUUUCUGGCAUUAAAAAAACAUGAAGCCUAUUUAUAUUUAUUUCAGGAGCGUGAAUUGGCGGCGAAAAGAAGAAAACUUGAGUGAAGAACGUUAUAAAGUAGAAAGUUGGACGUGAACAAACAUGGCUGAAUCGGAACGUAAACCACACUCUUAAUUAACAGAUCAUCUUAAAAAUUAACAAUUAUUUGUGUUAAGUUAAAGACCAUUUUUCGAUGAUACUGAAGAAAUAGUGGCUGGUGAUACAAGGAGAUACAAGACCUACUUCCAUUUAUUUGAUGAUAUUCUGUGCCUUCCUUCCGUUCACUAAAAAUUGUUAAAUUGCAUAUCUGUUUGUCCAUUUUAUGUUAAUCACUUUGAGAGAAAGCGCAGCUGUAAGUAAUUUUCAACGUUCUUUAACCCACCUUUGUUUGAGUCAAGUCCAGAGACAGUUGUAUAUUUUGUAUCAAAUUACUCUCUUAAUGAAAUAUUAAAUUG